UACAAUAAUCUUUACUACAGUUAACUCUCAAAACCUCUUCAAGCGGCCGUUACGACAUCGGUCAAACUCACCACCACGCCGCCGUAUUCCGCCACCACAAUACGGCGGUGCUCCGCCGUAACCUCAAUCUCAUAACCACUCUUCAUCACCUCUAAACUUCUUAUUCUCAAAUCCUGUAUCCGUACACCUUCCCCUCAAAACCCUAGCAAUUCGAGUUUAAAAUCCCCAAUUCAUCAAUCAUUCACUUCAACGCAGAUUUUAAAACUGAAUUAUGGAGGAUAAAUACAGUGUUGAAUCUGCAGAAGCACUCGCGAACGAAGCAUUGCGGUUGCCGAUAACAGAAGCAGUGCCUAAAUAUGAGCAGCUUUUGGCUACGUUUCCUACUGCUGCAAAAUAUUGGAAACAGUAUGUAGAAGCACAUAUGGCUGUGAAUAAUGAUGAUGCAACAAAACAGAUAUUUAGCAGAUGCUUAUUGAAUUGCCUACAAAUACCUCUAUGGAGGUGCUAUAUUAAUUUUAUCAGGAAAGCCAAUGAAAAGAAGGGGUUAGAGGGUCAGGAGGAAACCAGGAAAGCGUUUGAAUUUAUGCUCGGUUAUGUUGGAUCUGACAUUGGUUCUGGACCUGUGUGGACCGAUUAUAUCAACUUUUUAAAAUCUUUGCCGGCUCAAAAUCCACAAGAAGAGUCACAGAGAAUGAUUGCUGUACGGAAAGUUUACCAAAAAGCUAUUGUGACACCAACUCAUCAUAUUGAGCAACACUGGAGAGACUAUGAGAAUUUUGAAAAUUCAGUUAGUCGUGCUCUGGCUAAAGGACUGGUAUCUGAAUAUCAACCAAAAUAUAACAGUGCAAGGGCCGUUUAUAGAGAACGAAAGAAAUACUUUGAUGAAAUUGAUUGGAACAUGCUUGCUGUCCCACCAUCUGGUUCUGUUAAGGAAGAAUUGCAAUGGACAGCAUGGAAGAGAUUUUUAGCCUUUGAAAAGGAAAAUCCUCAAAGGAUAGAUACGGUGUCUGCUAACAAGCGUAUCUCAUUUACAUAUGAGCAGUGCCUCAUGUAUUUAUACCAUUACCCGGAUAUUUGGUUUGACUAUGCUACAUGGCAUGCAAAAUGUGGUUCAAUAGAUUCUGCAAUCAAAGUGUAUCAACGAUCUUUGAAGGCUCUUCCUGAUUGUGCAUUGCUAAGGUAUGCUUAUGCUGAACUUGAAGAAUCCCGAGGGGCAAUUCAGGCUGCAAAAAAGGUAUAUGAAAGCCUUUUGGGUGAUGGUGCUAAUGCAACUGCAUUAUCACAUAUACAGUUUAUUAGAUUCUUAAGAAGAACGGAAGGUGUCGAAGCAGCUAAAAAGUAUUUCUUGGAUGCACGCAAUUCUCCAAAUUGCACUUACCAUGUUUACGUUGCUUAUGCAACAAUGGCAUUUUGUAUGGAUAAGGACGUGAAGUAUGCACACAGUGUGUUUGAAGCAGGGUUGAAAACAUUUAAGGAUGAGCCCGGAUACAUUCUUGAGUAUGCGGAUUUUUUGUCUCGCUUGAAUGAUGAUAGGAAUAUCAGGGCUUUGUUUGAACGCGCUUUAAGCUCGCUUAGUCCUAAGGACUCUAUUGAGGUUUGGAAGAGAUUCUCUCAGUUUGAGCAGACAUAUGGAGAUCUUGCUAGCAUGUUAAAGGUGGAACAAAGAAGGAAAGAUAACCUUGCAAUAAUAAACGAAGGAGCAUCGGCUUUAGAGAAUUCAUUGCAAGAUGUUGUGUCAAGAUAUAGUUUUAUGGAUUUAUGGCCAUGCUCUUCAAACGAACUCGAACAUUUAUCUCGUCAAGAUUGGCUUUCGAGUAACAUGAAAAAGAAAGUUGAGAAAUCAACUCCGGCAAACGAAGCAGAUAAAACAUCAGGGCAGCUUUUAAAUUCGAACGUAUCGUCUAAACUUAUUUAUCCAGAUAUCUCGAGGAUGGUGGUCUAUGACCCGAGACAAAAGCCUGGUUUAACCACACCUGGUCUUCCAUCCACUGCUGGCCCGUUGCCUAGUUCUAGCGCACCAUCGGUAUUAACCACUAGUGGAGUGCCAGCUGUACCAAAUGUCAUUCCAAAAGCUUUGCCACCUGCAUUGGCAGCGUUCAUAGCAAGUUUGCCUCCUGCGGACGGUCCGUUGCCUGAUGUUGAUUAUGUCCUAUCAAUAUGUUUACAAAGCACUUUACCAGUUGCGGAACCUGGGAAACUAGCGCAAGUGGGCCCGGCUUCAAGUGACGUUUCUGGAUCGAGCAAAUCGCAUUUGUUCAAACCAAGAGAUAGACAUGGGAAAAAACGAGAGGCAGACAGGCAAGAUGAUGAUGACACUAGCACUGUUCAAAGCCAACCGCUGCCUAAGGAUGCUUUCAAGAUUAGACAACUAAGAAAAGCGAGAGUUGCUGCUGGAAGUGUACAAACGGGAGCUGCAUCUUAUGGUAGCGUACAGACCGGAUCUGCUUCGUAUGGCAGUGGAUUUUCAGGGGAGCAGUCUGGUAGCUAUGGUUGAUGAUGGGUGUGCUUUGGUGAUGAGAGUUGACCGUUGACCAACUAGUGAAGUGGCUAGAUAUUACAAACUGUAGGCCUGUGGGUAUUUAUUUAUUGUAGCUAAGGAAACCAGCUUGUAGUUCAUAGUCUCCUGAUCAAAUGAUUUGUUGUAGAAACAUGAAGUUAAAGUUCAUUUUGAACUUUGAAGCAACUACGCUUUGAUUUGCUUUAUUUAUUUGAUGAAAUGUUAUAAGAAAUUAAUGUUUGGGUUUAUA